CACGCGGCGGUACGGCGGUACGGCUGUUCGGCGGGCCAGGCAGCGCACGCCCAGCGCACGCCCAGCGCACGCCCGUGCCGCGUGUUCCGGCGCCAGGACGUCCCGACGCGUCCACACCACUCGCAAGCCCGAGGAAUGCAUGGAGCCCACCCUGCGGCACAGCCCGUGCCCGUCGCUGAGGGGCUGGUUGACCUGCUGCUGACGCCCGCCUGCCCGCCGACGGCGCGGACAUCGCGGACACCGCGGACACCGCGGACACCGCGUGGGGCCCGGUGACACCACCAUGUGCACCACUUACACCUGGCUGGCGUACGGCCUUCCUGACCGGCGGCAGCAGCGCGCCGCGCACCCCGCGGCCCCCAUGGCCGGCAUUCGCGAGGAGGACGAGGCCGAGGCCGGCGAGGAGGCGGGCUGUCCUCGGCGGCACCCCUACGCGCCCGGGCCCGGUGGGCGACCCCGCCGCGCGCGCCACUGGAUGGGGCUGGCCAUUGUGGGCGUGCAAAUGGCGGCGUGGUGUCUGGUCGGCGCGCUGCUCAUGCACCGCGGCGUCACCACCCUCAAGCGCCGCGACGCCGCCCUGAUGCGCGACGCCUUCGCAGUGCUGCCGGCGGCGCCCAGCACCGCCAUGCCGGCCAUGCCGGCCAUGCCCGGGUGGACGAUGCAGGACGACGUCAUCGCGGAGUCCUCUCCCUCGGCGGCGCCGUCGUCGUCAGCCUCGCCAGCCACGCCGACGCCCACGCCAGCGCCCACGCCCGACCCGGACGACGAGGCGGCCGGCAACGCGCUGGAGACCAGUUGGAACGACUUGAUGAAGAGGUGGUCCUCCUUCGUGCCCUCCAGGCCGGUCCCGGGCCUGCACGCCCCCAGGGACGACAGCGACGGCCUCGGGGAUGGCUCCCCGUUCGGCCCGGCGCCCGGCCCGGCGCCCGGCCCCGCCACCGGAGGCCUCCCCGGGAUGGGCAAGACGGGGACGGGGGCAGCCACCGCCGUCGUCAUGGUGACGGUGGGUGGGGUCAUGCUCGUCGUCGGCCCCGCCUUCAUGUUCAUCAAAAUCAUGGAUGUUUACCAGCGGCAGAAGCGGCUUAGUAAGCUCUCGCAGCACGACGACCCGCCGCCGAGCUACGACGAGGUGGCCGAGAAGGCGCCCCGCUACUCCGCCCUGUUCCAAGUCCUGGAGAACGGCGAGCUCACCCCGCUGUCCCUGCCGGCCGACGGGGCCGACGGCGAGGGAGGCCCUUCGGGCCCUUCGGGCGCGGCGCCGGCCGACACUUCGGCUUCGGGGUCGACGUCGACGGUGGCCUGCUCGGCGGGGCCGGCAGGUCCGGCGCCAGCGGAGCCUCCGGGCACAGCCAGAGGGGCGUCGGUGGAGGCUGCUCCCGAGAGCUCCGCCUCUGCCCCAAGGACCUCGUUGAGAGGAGCGUCGGCGCCAACAGCGACGACGAAAGACCUGGAGCAAGAAUCCAGGAGGUCCAGAAGCACAACUGUCUCCGAGAAGACACCCGCAGACGAGGACACGGAGGUAGAGCCCGAUGACCGCACUCCGCUGCGGCCACAGAAAGGCCAGGCCGACGUCGCCGUCGACGACAAGUCCAGGAGGAGGUCCGUGUGACGACGCUCGCGCCCACCCGGAGCCGCCCCGUGGUACCUGAGCUCUCUCUCACAAACCGUUGUCGAAGAGAACCGUCACGACAAUCGGUUUUAUUCCAAGUCACCACACUGUGCCGACAGCGUGGUUGUGUGUAUUUAUUUUGUAAGAUAAUCGUAAAGGACGUUACUGUAAAUCCAUGUUUUCUAAGUAAAGAAGAAAGACUGCUGCAUCCACGG